CACAUGCUUGCGGCCAGCGAGAUGGCCAGUCAGGUAUAUUGUAUUAUGGGCAAGGUAUGCUGCGGGCGAACCGUAAUCUCCAUCUAUAUAUACACACGUCGACAUGAAUGCGCAUACAUGUCAUAUAUACCAUCUACGCUGAGAGAGACCCUUGAUGAGCAAUCGACGUCCUCUGGGUGACUGUGUUCGGGGACUGAAGAUGCUAAUGAUGAUGAUAUCGGUCUUGCUUGGUGUUCUUUGAUAGUCCGCUAGCACGACCCUAACCUAUUCGCGCAUAACUGAAGCCUCACCCCCAACCACCUCCACCUUACCUCCACCUACGCCCUUUCUCCCUCUCUCCCCGUCCUUGUCGACGUGCUGCUGCUCGCUGACCCUCCGGCCUUUGCUACUACGCCCACUAUCCUUAGAUCUUCACCUCCAGCUGGCCUCCCAACCCACCGCACCGCUCCUGUGGACCUCGGCUCCUCCUCUUCCUCCCCAUCCUCGCGCCCAUGCCCCGCGCAAACCUCGCUCGCUUCAAUUGACUGCGCCCGCCCGUCGCCGCUCGCUCGCCAUUGUUGCCCGCGCAUUCCGCACCGCCCGCUGUCCUGGGACGUUCCGACGCCGCCGCGGCUUCACGCAGCCAGCUCUCAAGCCAGCCCGCUUGAUUCUGCUCCACCGUCGCUCUUAUGCCGUCUCUCGGCUUCCUCAAGAAGAAACGGACGAAGGACUCGGGCUCCAAAGAUCUCGACGCCCCGACCUCGCCCGUCAACCCCAGCAGUGCUUCUCCCUUUUCGCCUACCAAGUCCAACACCCGCGGUUCCGUCGUGAGCAAGUCCUCCACCAACCAGGAUCAACAAGCCCAGAACUCCCAGCCCUCGUCCACAACCCCUACCUCCCAUAAGCCCGUCGACUCAAUGAACCCCUCCGCCUACCCUCAACAGGCAUACGCUACUCCGCAAGCCUCACCAGAGCCUCACCAGCAGCCCCAACAGCACACCGUGCCCAGCAUACAGAACCUCAUCCACCCUUCCAACACCUCCAGUAACCAGCAGACGCAACAACAGCAACCCAAUGCCUCGUCUAGACCUGCCAACGGAGGAGUUGUCCAGGCCCAGCCCAACCCUACUGUUCGCGCGACAAAGGGAAAAUAUACCCUUCAGGACUUUACCAUCCAACGUACCCUGGGUACCGGCAGCUUUGGUCGUGUCCAUCUAGUGCAAUCCAAGCACAACCAGCGCUUCUAUGCCGUCAAGGUGCUGAAAAAGGCACAGGUUGUUAAAAUGAAGCAAGUCGAGCACACCAACGACGAGCGUCGUAUGCUACAGCAAGUCAAGCAUCCUUUCCUCAUCACUCUUUGGGGUACCUUCCAAGAUUCCAAGAACCUGUACAUGGUGAUGGACUUUGUCGAGGGUGGUGAACUCUUCAGUCUGCUGCGCAAAUCUCAGCGUUUCCCCAACCCUGUGGCCAAAUUCUAUGCUGCCGAAGUCACACUUGCAUUGGAUUAUCUACACGCACAGAACAUCAUCUACCGUGAUCUGAAACCGGAAAACUUGCUUUUGGAUAGGCACGGACACCUCAAAAUCACCGAUUUUGGUUUCGCCAAAGAAGUCCCGGACAUUACUUGGACCCUCUGUGGUACGCCCGAUUACCUGGCGCCCGAAGUUGUAGCGUCAAAGGGCUACAACAAAUCCGUCGAUUGGUGGUCUCUUGGCAUUCUCAUCUUUGAAAUGCUCUGCGGUUUCACGCCUUUCUGGGAUGGUGGUUCUCCAAUGAAGAUCUACGAAAAUAUUCUCAAGGGCCGUGUAAAAUACCCGCCUUACAUUCACCACGAUGCGCAAGAUCUGCUGCAAAAGCUCAUCACGCCCGACUUGACGAAACGUCUGGGUAACUUGCACGGAGGCAGCAAAGAUGUCAUGAACCAUCCCUGGUUCGCUGAAGUGACUUGGGAACGGCUGCAAAAGAAGGACAUUGAUGCGCCCUAUGUACCACCAGUGCGCGCCGGUGUUGGUGACGCUAGUCAGUUCGACAAGUACCCAGAAGAAACUGAGGCUUAUGGGCAGAGCGGGGACGAUCCACAUGGUCAUCUAUUUCCAGAUUUUUAA